GCGGCCAUCUGUGCAGGGCUCGUCGCUGUUGAAAUUCUCAGGUUACAUUUCCUCCAGGCUUUAUUAGCUGAUUUCACCUCAAAUCUGCUCUUUCCCUGCCUGGCACCGGACAGAGGCUGCCAACAUGAAGCUUCCAGUGGCGAUUCUUGCAGUUUUUGCAUCCAUAGCUGUCGCUGUUGACGCUACUGUCUACUUCAAGGAGCAGUUUCUGGAUGGAGAUGGAUGGAAGAGCCGCUGGCUGGAGUCGAAGCACAAGUCAGACUAUGGCCAAUGGAAACUGAGCGCUGGAAAGUUCUAUGGGGAUGCUGAAGCUGAUAAAGGUAUCCAGACCAGCCAGGACGCCCGCUUUUACGCCCUGUCGGCCCGCUUUGAGCCCUUUAGCAACGAGGGAAAACCCCUGGUCAUCCAGUUCACCAUCAAGCACGAGCAGAAGAUUGACUGCGGAGGUGGCUACGUCAAGAUCUUCCCCUCUGACCUCGACCAGAGCAACAUGCACGGAGACUCGCAGUAUUACAUCAUGUUUGGGCCUGACAUCUGUGGAUACAGCACAAAGAAGGUUCACGUGAUCUUCAACUACAAGGGCCAGAACCACCUCAUCAAGAAAGACAUCAAAUGCAAGGAUGACGAGCUGACCCAUCUGUACACGCUGAUCCUGAAUCCAGACCAGACAUAUGAGGUGAGGAUCAACAAUGAGAAGGUGGAGUCUGGCUCCCUGGAGGACGACUGGGACAUGCUGCCCCCGAAGAAGAUCAAGGACCCAGAGGCUAAGAAACCCAGUGACUGGGACGACAGGGCCAAGAUCGACGACCCCAGUGACACCAAGCCUGAGGACUGGGACAAGCCAGAGACCAUUCCUGACCCUGAUGCCAAGAAGCCUGACGACUGGGACGAGGACAUGGAUGGAGAGUGGGAACCUCCAAUGAUCACCAACCCAGAGUAUAAGGGUGAAUGGAAACCCAAGCAGACUGACAACCCUGCCUACAAGGGAGCCUGGGUCCACCCUGAGAUUGACAACCCAGAGUACACUCAUGACGCCACCAUGUACAAGUUUGAUAACAUUGGAGUACUGGGCCUGGAUCUGUGGCAGGUUAAAUCUGGCACCAUCUUUGACAACUUCCUGAUCACUGACGAUGUCAAAGAAGCACAGGAGUUUGGGAAGGAAACCUGGGGAGCUACUAAGGAACCAGAGAAGAAGAUGAAGGAGGAGCAGGAGGACAUGGAGAGGAAACUGAGGGAGGAGGAGGAGAAGAGCAAGAAGGACACUGAAGGUGAGGAGGAGGAGGAGGAGGAGGAAGACGGCGAGGAGGAUGAGGAGGAAGAGGGAGAGCACGACGAGGAGACGGACGAUGACGCUGGGACAGAAGAGGAGGAUGGCGACGUCAAACAGAAAGACGAGUUGUAGAGGAAAGGACCCGGUUGGACUGCUGUGUGCUUCUGUCUGCAGGUUCAAACUAACGGCAGAAAAUCAGCAAAAGCCUUUGGACUCUGGCCUUUCAUACAGCAGCCUUUUUUUUCCAGAUGCAGGGUGGGGAGGGGUGGAAGGUGGGCUCAGGUCAGAUGUAUUUUUUGAUUCCCUUGUUGUUGGUUUUUUUUUUUUUUUUUUUAGCCUUCAAAUUAGAGAAGAUUUCAUUCUGUUUGUGUGCCUGCUUUGGUUGAGAAUUUUUUAAUUUAAUGUGAUUUACUGAACGUGGUUGGCCCCUUGGUGUGUGUGCAUCCUGCAAUUACUCACAGAGCCAGUCCAUUUAUAUUAUUGCCUUAGUUGGGAUGUCCAGUAAAUCAAGGGUCUGUGAUGUCUGGUUCAUGCACUUUUAUUUCUCCUGUGUGAUGAAGUACUGUUUGUUUUUUAAUUGACCCCCUUCAUAAUUUAUUCAAUCAUUACAUUCGUUCCCUGAAAACAUGUCUGUUCCUAAAGCUCUGAUUUCUGAUUUUGGACAUACGUCUUUCCUCCAACUCUGUGCGUGUGUGCGUGAUGUGUGUAUUUGAGUGAGACUACAUUAGACAAACUGUGAUUUUUACAAUCAUUUUCUCAUUAUUCUGAAUGAGUGACUGUCCCGUGGGCGCACACUGUUUGAGUUUCAGUGAAUAAAUUGAAGCUUCUCUCAACAA